UGCCCGAGGGGCCGGCGCUGCACGGCGAGCACCCUCGGGCCAGCUGGCGAAGGGUUAAGGCGGCGGCGGUGGCUGCGGGGCCCGGAUGUGAGGGCCGUGGCUCUACGCGGUCGGCCGCGCUGCAGGUGCGCCCGGGCGGGCGGAGCCAAGGGGCGGGGGCGGGGGCGGCAGCCCGGCAGCCCGAGGCGCCCCUCCCUUGCUGGGGCUGCUCUGUUUCUUCCGAGAGCCCCGUGUUUUCUAACUUCGGGCAACAGGUGGUGCCGGUGGACCGAGGGAGAACCCUGCUCUGUCGCCCUGGGAGCGGCACUUACCCUGGCCAAUUAGGGCGCGGGGGCGGGAAUCGCAUUGCUGCCCUGACGAGCGUGACCAAUGGGAUGUGGGAUCGGGGGUGGGCCGUGAGGAGUGGGCGUGGCCGGAGCCCGAGUCCAGGGUUGGUGGUGCAACCUCAGCCACAGCGGCUUGGAGAGCUAAGCUGGGCGCAGGAGGGGUGCUUUGCCCCCGCGCAGAGACGCCUGCCAAUGUUAUCUCGAUUGGACCCGGACUCCAGCGCGGGAGCAGUCUUGUAGCUUGGAUCACGUAGGAAGAGAAAUUGUGAAGCAGUAAGAAGAAAGUGUUUCAGUUUGGGGCACUUAUUUGCAUCUGGCAAUGGGGAAUGGACUAUCAGACCAGACUUCCAUCCUGUCCAGCCUGCCGUCGUUUCAGUCCUUCCACAUUGUUAUUCUAGGUUUGGACUGUGCUGGAAAGACAACUGUCUUAUACAGGCUGCAGUUCAAUGAAUUUGUAAAUACUGUACCUACCAAAGGAUUUAACACUGAGAAAAUUAAGGUAACCUUGGGAAAUUCAAAAACAGUCACUUUUCACUUCUGGGAUGUAGGUGGUCAGGAGAAAUUAAGGCCACUGUGGAAGUCAUACACCAGAUGCACAGAUGGCAUCGUGUUUGUGGUGGACUCUGUUGAUGUUGAAAGGAUGGAAGAAGCCAAAACCGAACUUCAUAAAAUAACUAGAAUAUCAGAAAAUCAAGGAGUUCCUGUACUUAUAGUUGCUAAUAAACAAGACCUGAGGAACUCACUGUCUCUUUCAGAAAUUGAGAAAUUGUUAGCAAUGGGUGAACUGAGCUCAUCAACUCCUUGGCAUUUACAGCCUACCUGUGCAAUCAUAGGAGAUGGACUAAAGGAAGGACUUGAGAAACUACAUGAUAUGAUAAUUAAAAGAAGAAAAAUGUUGCGGCAACAGAGAAAGAAAAGAUGAAUGUGAAUACGUUUGUAUCUGUGUGGAAUAGGUUUUCUCUGGUCUGAUUUGACAAAUGAGGAGUGUCUACAGCCUGGUUUGCCUAUCUGCCCUCCUGGAUGCUAUUAAAGCUUUGUUUUGUUGAACAAUCAGAUGCCCAACUCUUGUUGCCUUGUGGAAGAUGAGUGAAUGCAUUGCUUCUUAAAGUGGUCUCUUCUCCCUAUCCCACAAAUCUUUUGGUACUACCAUUUUGGGAAGCCAAGCAAGGAUAGUAUAUUGACCAGAAAACAGUAGUGGAAAUUUGACUUGAAGUUAAUGAAAUAAAACUUUGAAGAGUG